AUGGGUUCAGUCACUCCCUCCCCGGCCUAUGGUCAGCGACUGUUACCAGUGGAGAUUGAUAAGAUUGCUCGGGACAACCCUGGUCGCGUGCUCUUCUAUAUUCCCCGUAACAACCAGCCCUCACAGGGAUACCAGGAGAUCACGACAAGCAUAUUUGCCAAUGCCAUCAAUAGGGCUUGUUGGUGGCUCGAGUCUGAAGUAGGAACAAAGGCGACACCCAAGACGAUAGGCUAUCUUGGACAGAAUGAUAUUAGAUACUUCAUUCUUAUCCUGGCGGCGACCAAAAUUGGCCACAAGGUUCUACUUUCUUCACCACGUAAUAGUGUCGAGGGUCACCAUUCCCUUAUCAAGGAAGCUGGCUGCGAGCUAUGGAUCACAACGCCGGGCGUCGGCAAACUCAACUUUAUACAACUGCCUUGUAUCCAAAUAGCUGCCCUUGACGAGCUCCUGGACCCCAGUGUUGUGAAGCCAUAUUCAUAUGAGAAGCAGUGGGAGGAAGGACGUUUGGAUAUUUUGGCGUUGCUUCACACAACCGGUUCGACCGGUAUGCCACGACUGAUACCAGUCACACUAGCAUCCGUGGCCUCUGGCGAUAGACUUCACUUGGUAGAGCCUAUCGGAGGAAAGAUGCCCAGUCUGUUGGAAUGGGAAGGCACAAGGAUGCUAAAUGCGAUGCCCUUAUUCCAUGUCGCAGGUUUGAGCUUUGGCCUUUUCUGUGCCGUCUUUUAUAGAUGGAGUGUCGUAUUCCCGACGCCAGGGCCAGUCAUGCAACAUGUCAUUGAAGAGAUUCUAGACAACAUUGAUUGUGACUCGGCUUUUCUCUCGCCAAUUGUUCUCAUGGACAUUGCCAAAACACCUCGCGUGUUGGAUAAGCUCGCUAAGCUUAAGUUUAUCACGGCCGCAGGCGGCCCAGUCCCGGCCAUUGUUGGCAACAUUGUUCACCCCCGUGUUCCUCUCUGGCAGACUAUGGGUAUGACCGAAGGACUACUAGUGCCGUCCGUAAUCACUUAUCCGGAUGAGUGGGCGUAUUUCCAUUUUCACCCGUGUUGCGGAUUUGAAAUGCGACCGUAUUCAGACACCUUGUUCGAGCUGGUUUUCAUCAAGAAAAAGGAACUGGCUGCUACUCAGACAAUUUUCCUGACCUUUCCCGACUUGGAUAUAUAUGAAACCAAAGACUUGUACUCGCGUCACCCGACGAUUCCCGAGCUGUACAAGUACGAGACACGCAAAGAUGAUCUUAUUGUGCUAUCGAACGGUGAAAAGUUCAACCCCUUCAUGGCGGAAAUGCAGUUAGCUGCCCACCCUUGGCUGUCAGCCGCCUACAUUACCGGACGAGGGCGCUUCCAAGCGGCCGCGUUACUCAACCCGGAAGAAAGUCGACAGAACGAGUCAGACAGUGCCAUCAUCGAAGCGGCGUGGCCGGCCAUUGAGACUGUCAACAAAACCCUGCCGGCCUUUGCUCAGGUUCAUCGCAACUUUGUCAAAGUUGUGCGUACACCUUUUCCGCGUACCCCCAAGGGGACAUUAGCACGUCAUCAGAUAGAACCGCUCUUCGCCGAUGAGAUUGCCAGCGUGUACCAAGACUCAGGGAUUUCCGGGUCUCCAGCCUCGCAGGCUACCUCCUUCGAAAUUGAUGGGACUAGCGAGGUGACCAUUUGUGCUGGCCUCCGGGAAGCAAUUCAGAUAGUGUCGCCAGGAUUGGGGCUCGAACAGAUCAAAGAUGAUGAAAGCCUUUUCGAGAACGGGUUCGACUCACUCCAUGUCGUUCGACUUUCCCGACUCCUUAAUUCUGCUUUUCCCUCUUCUCCCAUGCAAGUAGAAGUCGGCACAAUAUAUGCUCACCCUUGCAUCGCCCAGUUAGGAAAUAUCCUGUAUGCGCAACUGCAGAAUAUCCGUCAAGGACAUCGGGAGACAGAACCAGUGGACCUUCAAACCAGAGCCGUAUCUCAAGCGCUUGCCAAACAUUUACCGGCCUUUUCCAUGCCUCGGGAAGGACCCAAGGAGCAUGUCAUCCUCACAGGCACAACGGGGGCUGUCGGCUCGUAUCUUCUGGACGCUCUGUGCAAAAACGAUCGAGUCGCCAAAGUAUGGUGUUUUAACCGCAGCAGUACAGCGGAUGCAGCUUGCCGACAAGCCGAGCUAGCAAGGUCGAGGGGGCUUUCCUUGAAUUGGAAGGGCAAAGUCCGCUUUGUUCAGACGAAUUUGACAUCUCAAGCCCUUGGUUUAAGCCGGGCGGAUCUGAAAGAGAUCAGAGACCAAGCAACGAUCAUUAUUCACAACGCAUGGGAAGUAAACUUUAAUCUUCCGUUGUCCUCUUUCGAAACGCAGUUGAACGGGCUUCAGAGCCUCGUCCAAAUUUGCACCGAGACUCGGCAACAGAUCCGCUUCUUCUUUGUUUCUUCCAUAAGCGGCGCCAUAAACUGGCCAACUCAUCUCCUGGGCCCUAUACCCGAAACCAAGCUGACCAACCUAGACGCUCCGAUCAACGGAUACGGCGCGUCCAAGCUCGUGGCCGAGCACUUGCUCAGCAAGGCCGCCCAGGCCGGUGUGUUGCGCCUCUCGGUCCUGCGUAUAGGCCAGGUCGCUGGUCCCGUUGUAACGCACGGAGAAGGAAGUGUAUGGACGCGUAGGGAUUGGGUGCCAGCAAUCAUAGACGCUUCAGCAUACCUGAAUAAGCUACCCGCCACUCUGGGUUCCGCAACAGUCAUCGAUUGGAUUCCCAUCGACCUGCUGGCCGAAGUGGUGGAGCAACUGAUCCAUUCGGAUGCGAGAACAACAACCGCCAGCCAAGAAGACGAAAUAUAUUACAACCUCGUCAAUCCCCAGACAAGCAGCUGGGAGUCACUGGUAUCGAUCAUACAUGCCCGUCUAGAAAACGCUUUGUCACCUGAGAAGGUGCAGAUCGUGCCCUUCUCCCAAUGGCUGGACGACUUGCAGAACGCCGAGGAGGCGAUCGUCCAAGAAGCGGAGAAGCAGAAUGGGUCGACUUCAUCACAGACUACAGCUAGCCGAGCGCAGACGGGACUCAAGCUAUUGUCCUAUUUCCGGAUGCUGGUGGAAUCAUCUGCAUCGGAUGAUGCGCCCAAGCCAGCUCCAUCUCUCCUGAACUGGGCCGUUGGGAAUGGCUUGGCGCGAAGCUCCGUCUUUGCCGAUCUGACACCUAUAUCUCCUGCCUGGUUCGAGACGUGGUUGGACCAGUGGGGAUACUAA